AUGGAACGAUUUCAUUUUAAUCCAAUUCCAUUGAAUCAAUAUUCAAGAAAAUUAUUUCCUAAUAUUGAAACAUUUCAUAUUUAUAAUGAAGAAGAUGAAAUAUUUGAAGAUGGAAGAAUAAUUAAAUAUGUAAUAUGGUAUAAAGUGAGUUAUUCAAGAUAUUUAAAAGAGAAAGAAGAAAUGAAUGAAUGUAAAAAUAUCGCAUAUACAGAAGAAGAUAGAAAUACAUAUGGAAAUACAAUACCAAUAGAAGUUAAUUCACUUGAAGAUAAAUGUUUUUAUGGAUGUAAUAUUCAAUCAAUUAAUAUACCAACAAGUAUUAGUGAAAUAGGAGAUUAUUGUUUUGAAGAAUGUUCAUCAUUAACACCAAUUACUAUUCCAUCAUCAAUUACAUCAUUUGGAAAGGGAUGCUUUUAUAAUUGUGGAUGUGAAGAAGAAUUAAAGAAGAAUAAAUCAAUACCAAAAAAUUGCUUUAAAAAAUAA